AUGGCCGAGAGCUGCGCGGCCCUGGACGCGCUCGAGCGCGAGUACGCGGCCAUCGCGAGCCAGCGACCGAUUCCGGCCAUGGACUUCAGCGACAUGAUGGAAGCGGAGAAGGAGGAUGGAGACGCAUGCUUCCACGGCAACGAACACCAGAUGCUGGGAUCCGACUCGGAAGACGAAGGCGCACCGAUGGGCUACGAGCCGCUUAUGGCCGACAGCGACGACGAAGACAACGAGGCGCGGGAAGCAGUGGCGGCUCCUGUGACCAACAGCCGCGAGCCAGAGAAGAUGACGGUCAACGAUGUGGCGACGAUUCAACAAGCCAUGCAGCAACUCUCGCUGCCGGCGCCAUCGUGGGCAAGAACUUGUCGGACGAGGACAUCAUGGCGCUCCUUUACGUCGAGCGAGACGCUCUAA